GAGGCGGGGGAGGGCGGGGCCGGCGGGGGGACCUGCUGCUGGAAGAGCAGCGGCCCGGGCCGGGGCUAUGGCGAAGCUGCUGAGCUGCGUCCUAGGACCCCGGCUCUACAAAAUCUACCGGGAAAGGGACUCAGAAAGGGCCGCGUCUGGUGUCCCUGGGACUCCAACUUCAGUCACUACCGCCUCUUCCAGCUCCUGGGAUACAUAUUAUCAGCCCCGUGCCCUCGAGAAACAUGCUGACAGCAUCCUCGCGCUGGUUACUUGAGUUUGUCCAAAGUGGUGCCGUUUUCUCACUAUGCCGGGACAUUGCUUCUACUGCUGGCGGGAGUGGCCUGCCUCCGAGGCAUUGGCCGCUGGACCAACCCCCAGUACCGGCAGUUCAUCACCAUCUUGGAGGCAGCACAUAGGAACCAGUCCGCAGAGAACAAGGUGAGAGGCUCGGCUGCCUGCCCAGAGCAGCGGCCUGGCUUCCCCCCGGACAGGGAGACGUGUUUUGCCACCUGGCCCCCUGGGCGCUUGCACGUUGCUGGAUCCCUUCUCCCCUCCACAAGCGAACUAUCUGCCCCAGGAAUUUUUUUCUUCCCUAACUUCUGAUGGAAUAUUCCACUAGAACAGUCCUCCCCACCCAACCCCAUCUACAAGAAUUGUCUAGAUGGGGAAACAUUCCAUAAUAUUUCUUAAAAGGGGGUUUUCUCCAGCACAGCAGUUCUUGCUGUAAAUGUUUGUUUACUUCUGUUGGAUGCAUUGACUGCCGCGCAGCUUUUGUUCAGGGAUGGGACAAGAUGGGCAGGUAUGUCCACGCUUGUGCCCAAGAGUACAGCCUGGCGCCAGGAGCAAGAAAAGCCAGGGCAGAGUGUCCUUGGAGUUCUGCCAGCCCAGCCAGUGCUGGAGUGUGAUUAUCUGUGAGAAAGGGCUUUGGAGCCUAUAAAACGCUUUCCUGAUACAGAGGGGUUUCUGGGAUCAAACAGCUCUGACCACUCUCAUUGUGUCACUGCUUGCCCCACACCACCACUUAUGGAGCUGUGUCACGACGCUCCACCACGCCACUGGCCGAGCAUUUGUAUACACCCUUCGUGACCCUCACAGCAACCGCCCAGGUGGCAUUAUUACCCUUAUUUAUAUGUCUGGAGAAACAGAGGCAAAAAGAGGUUACAUGCGCCAAGCAGAGUCACCGAACAAGGAAGUGACAAGCUUGUAUUUGGGUCCAGGUCGGCCCAGAGCUGGCUUGAAAUGUGCUUUCCUUCAUCUUAUUUUGUUUUGCCACUUACAUUUUUGUACUGUUUUUCUGUGGCUCUCUCUUAGCCAACAGUUAUUUUUGAAAAUGUCAAAAAAAUGUCUGUGACAGAAAAUAAAAAUCUAGUCUCCAAAUAGAGCCCUGGGGGCUCUGGGGGCGGGGGAAGGAAGCCAGCAGAGUGGGAGACACAGCUCUUGCUGCCCUCCAAAACGCAUGUGGGCUGGCUCGGUGGGUGACCAGAGGCACAGAUGGUCUGGGUGGCAUUGCUGGCCCCGGGGCUGCAGGAGUGUGAUGGAAGGAAGGCGGCCGUGAGGAUAGAGCAGUCAGAGAGGGUUUCGCUCCAGGGGCGGCCCAAGUGCAAAGGAGCCACUGUGGGCGUGACGUCCCUCCUUCCCUCUCACCCUCCCUUGGGACAGACAUUCUGAUCCUUCGAGACAGCACCAUGUAAAGGACCCAGGUGGCGAAGGGAGCAUGACCAGCCGGCAGGGCCCCCUCCUCCUCCUCAGAAGCACCAGCACCUCCAGCCACCCCUCCUGGGGGUGAGUCAGUCUUAGACUUUUAGCAAAGCGAAGAGUGUUAGGUCCCCUUUCUGGACGAGGGCAGACAGGCCAGUCUUGAUACCCAAUAGGGCAGCCCCUCGAGCCUGGCUUUUCUGGCCCAGGCAGAGCUUCCCAUCUGAGGGAAGGUGUUGACCUCUGUGCGGGGGCUGUCCCCUGGAUGAUGGCAGUCUCGGGGGUGGGUAGGUGGGCCUCCCCUGACUCGCCUUUACAUCCCCCCCGCCCCACCCCCCUGCCCGCCUUCUCUCUCUGCCCUCCGCAGAGGCAGCUCGCCAACUACAACUUUGACUUCAGGAGCUGGCCAGUCGACUUCCACUGGGAAGAACCCAGCAGCCGGAAGGGGUCCCGGGGGGGCCCUUCCCGCCGGGGCGUGGCCCUGCUCCGCCCAGAGCCCCUGCACCGGGGGACGGCAGACACCCUCCUCAACCAGGUCAAGAAGCUGCCUUGUCAGAUCACCAGCUACCUGGUGGCACACACCCUGGGCCGCCGGAUGCUGUAUCCGGGCUCCGUGUACCUGCUCCAGAAGGCCCUCAUGCCUGUGCUGCUGCAGGGCCAGGCCCGGCUGGUGGAAGAGUGUAAUGGACGCCGGGCAAAGCUGCUGGCCUGUGACGGCAACGAGAUUGACACCAUGUUUGUGGACCGGCGGGGGACAGCCGAGCCCCAGGGACAGAAGCUGGUGAUCUGCUGUGAGGGGAAUGCAGGCUUCUAUGAGGUGGGCUGCGUCUCCACCCCCCUGGAAGCUGGAUAUUCAGUCCUGGGCUGGAACCAUCCCGGCUUUGCUGGAAGCACGGGGGUGCCGUUCCCACAGAACGAGGCCAAUGCCAUGGAUGUGGUGGUCCAGUUUGCCAUCCACCGCCUGGGCUUCCAGCCCCAGGACAUCAUCAUCUAUGCCUGGUCCAUCGGCGGCUUCACUGCUACAUGGGCAGCCAUGUCCUACCCAGACAUUAGCGCCGUGAUCCUGGAUGCCUCCUUCGAUGACCUGGUGCCCUUGGCCUUGAAGGUUAUGCCAGACAGCUGGAGGGGCCUGGUGACCAGGACUGUGAGGCAGCAUCUCAAUCUAAACAACGCGGAACAGCUGUGCAGGUACCAGGGCCCUGUGCUGCUGAUCCGAAGAACCAAGGAUGAGAUCAUCACCACCACGGUUCCUGAGGAUGUCAUGUCGAAUCGAGGCAAUGACCUCCUGCUGAAGCUGCUGCAGCAUCGGUAUCCCCGUGUGAUGGCAGAGGAGGGGCUUCGAGUGGUGAGGCAGUGGCUGGAGGCCUCCUCACAGCUGGAGGAAGCCUCAAUUUACAGCCGAUGGGAAGUGGAGGAGGACUGGUGCCUGUCGGUCCUCCGCUCCUACCAGGCCGAGCACGGGCCCGAGUUCCCCUGGAGCGUGGGGGAGGACAUGAGUGCAGAUGGCAGACGGCAGCUGGCCUUGUUUCUGGCUCAGAAGCAUCUGCACAACUUUGAGGCCACACACUGCACCCCGCUCCCGGCCCCCAACUUCCAGAUGCCCUGGCACCUCUAGGGACCACACUGGGACUCAUUCUGGAAGAACAGAUGGGAGGAGACUUGAGGAAGGACCCUAUUAUUUGUGAUUCUCUGAGUUUAUUUUGCUGUUUAUAGUUUGUGGCAAGUGGGGGACCACCCCCCCUCUCACUGUUCCUCUUGCACGUUUCCCCUGAUCCAUCUGGCAGUACCUGACCUUCCCCAAAACACACCCUGCAUUAAAUGAAUGGAUUAUUCCUAAUAAUUAAUAAAAAGGUAUUUUUUCUA